GCAGGUGCGCGCGGCGGGUGAUUUACGUGUCUCACUCGUGCGGGACGGUGACGCGGGGGUCACGCCGCACAUGAGUCCGUCACAUGAGCGCGUCAGUGACAGAAGUGACGGGCAAAGAUCUCAGCGUCGGUCUACAGGAGAGAGUCCUCUGAUUCUGCUGUACAACAUAAUCAUGACAGUAUCAGUCUCUUGAUGGGUCUCAGGAACUCAUAAUUGAUCAGAUGAACUUUUGAGUGCUCUUCAGCACCUGUGCAGACACCUGUGAGCAGGCCGUCCUGCCUGUGUCUGUAUGGAUGGGAAUGGCAGCAUCAGCUGUCCGUGGGAAUCAUUCACACAAAACAUGGAAACACAUUGUGAUCAUAAUUACAACGGUCCUGCUCUUUAGUGCUCCAUCAGUGUGUGCACAGUGUCGAAUCUUGAGAUGCAACUCAGAUUUCGUGGCUGCGACUCUGGAGUUGGGUGUUAUUGGAAGUGGGGGUAAGGAUGGGGCUAAUGCCGGCUACUGCAGCGCCCUGCGAUCCUACGCGCUCUGCACCCAGCGGACGGCCCGAGCGUGCCGUGGAGACCUGGCAUACCACUCUGCCGUGCAGGGCAUCGAGGACCUGCUCAUCCAACACCGCUGCCCCAAAACAGGGCCCACAGCUCAGCCACGGCCCCUGCCCCAGGCCCCUCUCUCAGGGGACGGAUGCUUCUAUGAGAAGGGGUUUAUGCAGAGGGAGGGCCGGGCCCCUGAGUACCUGCACUGCGGGGUGUUUGGGGACCCUCAUAUCCGCACCUUUAAUGAUGAGUUCCAGACAUGUUCAGUACAGGGCGCCUGGCCUCUCAUAGACAACCAGUACAUGUACAUCCAGGCCACCAGCACGCCCACUAGAGGGAGCUCUUACACCACCAUCCUCACAAAGAUCACGGUUAUCUUGAAGAACUGGCGUGAGUGUGCAGAGCUGCAGAUAUAUCAAGCAGAGCUGGAUAACGUUCCCCCGGCGUUUGUGGACGGUUCUGUGAGCAGCGGCGAUCGCAGAGGGCACCAGAGCCUGCGCAUUCACUCUCACGACCCUGGCCGACACGCUGAGAUCUGGGCCACUCACAUCGGGACGACGCUAGUGGUGCGUCAGGUCGGUCAGUCGCUGAGUCUGUCCGUCCGCUCCCCUCGUGCGAUCGUGGAGUCCUAUACACCUGAGCAGGACCUGCAGUUGUGCGUAUGGGGGUGUCCGGUCUCACAGCGUCUGGAGAUGCCACACGCGCAUCCGUCCACACCUGCAUACUCGCACUGUUCCUCACUGCUUCCGGUGCGGGAUGUGUAUUUCCAGGCUUGCCUGUUUGAUCUACAGGUCACUGGGGACUUGAACUCCAGUGCAUCAGCUGCGGCUGCUUUAGAGGACGCUCGCGCAAUGAUCUCUGACCCUGAUAGAGUUCACCUGCUGACGGACAGGGCAGGUACCAAUCUUCCAUCGCUGCCGGUGGUUCUGGCCUUUAGUGUCCUCACAGAGACCCUCAGACACACUAUCUCGGGCCCAGUGUGACAUCAAAAACACUGCACUAAAGCAGGCCUUGUGUGAUAUUUAAAGGAUAUUUAUACUAUUGUUCAGUGUUUACAUCUCAGUGGUUUGGAGGUUUGUGUUUUGUGAAUAGAGGCUGUCUGGAACAGCUUUGUUAAAAGGAAUUGUAUUGUGGUUAUUUCAGUGUUAAACACGUGUGUGAAUUAUAAAUGUAACAUAUUUGUGAACAUUUUUAGCAGGAUAAACUUGAAUAACCUUUGCAAAAAUGUAAAUAUAAAUGAUAUUUAGUCAUGCGACUCGUGUAUGUUUUCUCAAAGGUGGAUUAACUUUAUGCAGGAGUGUAUUUAUAAUAAAGAACAAAAUGUAAAAUAUUUCCACAGAGCAGAAGCUCAUUGUCACAGUAUUAAUUAAAGAAGGUCAGUAGGGUUAUUCAAGAAUUUAAUUCAUUUUUUAUUUUUAUUUGUCAUUUGAAUUGUUUAAGUUUCAGUUUUUCAGUUUUUUAAAAUUAUAUUUAGUUUUUAGUAGUAUUUUAUGGCUACCAAAGUUAAUGCAUUACCUGAAAUUAUUUAAAUAUAUUUGUUAAAGUUAUGUUUAAUGAAGGAGGGUUGUACUCAAUUCAACUAAAAAUUUAUUGUAUUUGUUUUACCAAGUCAUUUUAUUACUUUAUUUAUUUUCCCAUUAUCACAUUUAUUUAUUUUCAAUUUCUGCAGGUUUGGGCUUCCGUACUGGAGUCAUAAAAAUGUUUUUCAGUGUAAUUUUAAGUGCGUAACGAUAAAAACACUGGGAGACAUACUGUAAGACACUGCAGAUCAUGUCAAAUUGCAAUAAUCACUUUUCCAAAGCUAAAAUAAAGAGUAUUGAAUCAUUUUC